AUGGCGAAAUCCAGGGUUCCAACGCGUCAACUACCCUCCGAGCAAUUCGUGGAGAGUUGCGGUGCCGUUUUAUUCGACCUUUCGGACCCACUGGACAAGAAAAUUUGCCUAAUCCGCGUACGAGACACCGGGGAGUGGCACCUUGCGAAAGGCCGCCGCAACUGUGGAGAAGCUCGGCGAGAUGCUGCGUUGAGGGAAGUCAGGGAAGAAACGGGACACCGUUGUCGCCUGUUCCCGGUGACUAUGCCUACUAGAGCCACCCCCGCUCAUGAGUCACCGAAUUUCAAAGACAAGGCUCAAGUCUAUGAUGACCUCAUGGAACCUUUCAUGUGUACGAUUAGGGACUUGAAGCGCCCGCAGGGAGUCAAGAUCAUUUGGUGGUUUAUCGCAGCUCUAGAAGCCGACGACGACGAAGCGGAGAAGCUACCCGGCGAGGCUCGAUACGAGCCUAAGUUUCUCCCCUGCAAAGAAGCAAUUCAGACGCUUACUUUCCUGGGGGAUCGCGACAUUCUGGUCCGGGCUAUCGAGUUGGUGGAGGGUAAGAAUACUUUACCUUUGGAGGACUCUGGCGCUAGUGAGAAGAAGAAAAAUCCGAAGUCAAAGAAGGGUAUCAAGAGGAAGCAGAAUGCCCCCAAGGAUAAUCAAGAGUACAUAGAGGCUAAGAGGCAGAUGAGAAAGGAGAAAAGGGAACGCGCGCGCAUCAAACGAGCCCAGAAGAAGGCGGACAAAGAGGCAGCCAAAGCAAAUGGAGACACCACACCGGGAAAUCGGGAGUUGCAAGACCAUCUUGUUUCUCUAUGA